CCUGCGCCUUUGUUGUGAGACGUUAGCAAGGCGACUAUUUAUCCUUCAAGAUAGCUAACCCGAUACAUUUUAUUGGAGGAAAACAUACCAAUUGCUUGAAAUGAUUAGCAUUAAGUUUUGACGUAACCGAAUCAUCCCGAAGUGGGACCCGUAGCAGGUUAAGUUUAGGAAUUCAGUCGAUAUUAGAGAAUAAGUGCGACGGAUCCGAGAGAGUCCACAUGUCUUCUGCAGCAGAGUCAGUGAAAAAUGCCUCCAUCGUUUCAGAUAGUGGGGCCCAUGACGGAAACCGCCUGUGGAUAGGAAACAUUGAUCCCAAAAUUACUGAGUAUCACCUGGUGAAGUUGUUGGAGAGGUUUGGCAAUGUGAAACAGUUUGACUUCCUGUUCCAUAAGUCGGGGCCUUUGGAGGGACAGCCACGGGGCUACUGCUUCGUCAACUUCAACACCAGAGAGGAGGCAGAGAGGGCGAUCCAGUGUUUGAAUGGGAAGCUAGCUUUGUCGAAGAAGCUGGUGGUGCGCUGGGCGCACGCACAGAGGUUUGAAGCUUUUCGCAAUGACAAAUCGAUGCCUCCCAGCCUGGAACCGUCGAGCAGCGGGGGGACGGAGGAUGGAGCCGUGACCUCCAACCACCUCAGUACAAGUGCUAAAAUCCGCGCCAUCGAGGCCAAGCUCCAGAUGAUGGAGGAGAACCCAGAGGACGACUACUCGGGCCCGUCGGCCUACGUUUACAACAAGCCGCCCGAGAGGAAGCGCUGGGAGCCUUACUCCAAAUCACACCACAACAACCAGAGCAGGCCCUUCCGCAGGUUUAGGAGAUGACCCAUCGUCUAACUCAUUCUGGAGAGCCCCCCCCACCGCCCCCUUGCCCCGCCCCUCCACCUACACACAAACAGACUCUACACAGGAUACUAUAAAGACUUUACACAUCUGGGAAUAAAAGGUCUUGACAAUACUUUCAGAGACCAGACUCUUUGCGAGUACACGGGAAUCACGGACAAAUACCUCAGUUGUUUUGGUUUAUGGUUGUCGCUUAUUAUUUAGUUCUAACAUAUGCCACAUACAUGACUGGUGUGCAGGUUGGAACCCUUUUGUGUCUGCUUUCUCACUUUUGCAGAGAUGUAAUGUAGGUGGAACAGCUGUGAGUCACAUGACGCACAGCUGCAGGAAAAAGAGAAAAGCCGUUAUUAAGGAGUCUGGAUGCCCAUCCUCUUAUUGUUGAUAUUAUUCAAAGGUGAAAUACAAAUUCUUUACUCAAGACUUCCCUGAAGAGGAGGAAAUACACAGAUUCAUGACUGGUUUGUAUGAAUAGAGUUGAAAUGAUGGUAACUUUACCUCCCUUUUUGUGGAUCCAAUUUUUAUAUGUCUGCUGUCAAUGUUUAUACUGGCUCUUUUGUGUUGUGGAGUUUUUGGUAUUGACCCUGCCACAAUCUCUUUAUUUGAAUUUACCAAUUAAAGACAGUUAAAUGUCAAAGGCGCGGGAUGUUUUAUGCAAUUUUCUAGGUUUCCUGCAUUGCUCGUGAAAUAAAGGAUUUGAUGGAAGCGUUGGAACACUCAGGUCCACGCUGUGAUGCACAUGUGGUAUCAUUUCACGUCUGCUAAAUAAUCUGCAGAACAUUGAGGGGAGACUUUGGAAGAUGUUACAAAUAAAGCCUAUUAAGAAAUGCA